GACCGCCCUCGUUGGCCCAUUUGCGUUCAGUGGACACGGCAUCUCUCUCUCUCCAAAAAGGUCUACACAGCCGGAGCAAUAAAAGUAUAAAGCCCCAACCCAAAGAAGCAGGGAGAUCUUUCUUUAUAGAGCCGAAGAUUAGAGAAUCUGUGCCUGCUCGCCAUGUGUUUGUUCGAUUGCCAAUGACACCGGACCCACUUCACUCAAAAACCAAACAAGCACGACGAAGACGACGACGACAACAACUACAACACUAAACGAUGUUUCUCUCUCUCUCUGUGUCUCUCUCUCUCUCUUUCUCUCUCGCUUUUUAUAGUUGAGUUUUUCUUUUUUUAACUUAACUGCCUAGCUCUUGUCUUGGCCUACUGAAUAAAUAAACUAUCCAAAAGUUUCUGAAAUAAACCCAUCUUUGGAAAUUUUUAUUUGUCUAUAUUAUAUUCGGGGGAGAUAUAUAUUUAUAUUUAUAUUUAUAUAUAUAUAUAUAGAGAGAGAGAGAGAGAGAGAGUGGUGUGAAGGAUAUUUAUUAUAUGCUCGCCGGCGAUGCCGACGCCGGUUAGCGCAGCGAGGCAAUGCUUGACGGAGGAGGCGGCGCGUGCGCUUGAUGACGCGGUGGCGGUGGCGCGUAGGAGGAGUCACGCGCAGACUACGUCGUUGCACGCGGUCUCGGCGCUACUGGGUUUGCCAUCGUCGACUCUCCGGGAGGCAUGCGCACGCGCGCGCUGCAGCGCGUACUCGCCACGGCUUCAGUUCCGAGCACUAGAGCUCUCGGUCGGAGUCUCACUUGACCGGUUGCCAUCGUCGUCCCGGUCCCUGGACGAGCCGCCGGUGUCGAACUCACUCAUGGCCGCGAUCAAGCGGUCCCAGGCCAACCAGAGGCGCCACCCGGAGAGCUUUCACUUGCACCAUCAAAUCCUUCAGAACAACCCACAGCAAACGACUUCGCUUUUGAAGGUCGAGCUCAAGCACUUCAUUCUCUCCAUUCUUGACGACCCGAUCGUGAGUCGAGUAUUAGGGGAAGCGGGUUUUCGGAGCUGCGAUAUCAAGCUGGCGAUUAUCCACCCGCCUAUGGUGUCUCGGUUCCCCCGGAACCGAUGCCCCCCCGUUUUCCUCUGUAACUUGACGGACUCGGACCCGUUACGACGCAGUUUCGGAUUGGAGGUCUCCGGGGACGAGAAUUCUCGAAGAAUCGCCCAGGUUUUGCUCAGAAAGAGUGGGAAGAACCCCGUGCUAGUCGGAGUCUAUGCAGUCGAUGCGCUUCGGAGCUUCGUAGAGUGUGUGAACAAAGGUGGAGGCAGUGCUCUGCCUAAUGAACUCUCUGGGCUCAGCGUAAUCUGCGUAGAGAGUGAGAUUUCAGAGUUUGUUAAGGGCAGUGGGAGCGAGGAGAAGAUGGGGUUGAGGUUUAAGGAGCUGGGUGAGCAAUGCUUGGGGCCUGGGAUUGUGGUGAGCUUGGGGGACUUGAAGGCGUUGAGCGAAGACGGUGCGUUUGGUGAGGCUGUGAGCUUUGUGGUCUCGCAGUUGACGAGGUUGGUGGAGCUUCACGGUGAGAAAUUGUGGUUGAUGGGUGCGGCGGGGACGGACGAGACUUAUUUGAAGCUUUUGGGUCGGUUUCCGAGUAUAGAGAAGGACUGGGAUUUGCAUCCUUUGACCAUCACUUCUUCGAAGCCUUCCAGUGAUGGGUUUUGCUCUAAGUCCAGCUUGCUGGGUUCCUUUGUUCCAUUGGGUGGGUUCUUUUCAACACCAUCAGAUUUCAAAUAUCCAUUUAGUAGCACAAGGCAACCAUUUAGUCGUUGUAAACUUUGCACUGAAAAGUAUGAGCAAGAUGUUGCUGUUAUUCAGAAGGGAGGAUCAACUAUUUCUGUCGCUGAUCAGCAUUCAGAAAGCAUUCCUUCGUGGUUACGAAUGGCUGAACUUGACACAGGCGAGGGAGUGAAUGUGGCAAAGACCAAAGAUGAUGAAACAAUGUUGAAUGCCAAAAUUUUGGGGCUGCAAAAGAAAUGGAACGAUAUCUGCCAACAUCUCCAUCAAGUACAACAGUUUCCUAAAUUAGAUAUUUCCCAUGCCUGGUCCCAAGUUCCAUCUGCGGAGGGCUUUCCUUUUGGAUCUGCGCAUACAUCUCCAAAUGGAAGCCAAUGUGCAGAUCCAAGCCAUCGUACACCCACCGACUUGAAAAAACCUGUCCCAUUAAAUCAGAACAUACAACUACCAGUGGAUUCUGAUGCCGAAAAUGCUAAUAUUCAAUCUAAGCUAUUAGGAAAAGUUUCAAGGAGUCGGCAAAUUGAGAUGGAGCACCCCUGGCUUUCUACAAACUCUAUGCCCAAUGUGAGUCCGCCCCCUGACCACACAUCAUCUUCAUCUGUAACUUCUGUUACCACAGAUUUGGGGCUGGGAACACUAUAUGCAUCUACCAGUCAGGAGCCAGACAGUCCAAAAUUACCAGGUCGCAAAGAGUGUCUUCAGCACUUUUCAGGUUCCAUUUCGAAUGAGGUUGAUGCAGUGAGUGAAAAUACUUCACGCCGUAUUGCCCAUUCCUCUUCCUGCUCUGGUGCUAAUAUGGGAGGGCAGUCUGAUCCAAGAGAUUUUAAGUCCCUUAGGAGAUUUCUCACAGAAAAGGUUUGUUGGCAAGAUGAAGCCAUAUGUUCUAUUAGUGAAGUUGUAUCCUGCUGCAGAUCUGGUAAUGGAAGGCGUGGUGGCUCAAGUCUCAAAGGACACAUUUGGCUUACUUUCCUUGGACCUGACAAAGUUGGAAAGAGGAGAAUUGCUUCAGCACUAGCUGAGAUAAUGUUUGGCAGCCUGAUCUGUGCGGAUUUUGGCUCCCAAGACAGGGUCUGCCAAUCAAACUCAAUGUUUGGACACCAAGAACUUGACGGUUAUGAUGUGAAGUUUAGAGCAAAGACUGUUGUUGAUUACAUCGCUGGGGAGUUGAGCAAGAAGCCCCAUUCAGUUGUCUUCCUUCAAAACGUAGAUAAGGCUGAUCCUUUGGCCCAAACUAGGUUAUCCCAGGCCAUUAAGACCGGUAAAUUGGCAGACUCACAUGGGAGAGAAAUCAGCAUCAACAAUACGAUCUUUGUGAUAACCUCAACUAUCACGAAGGGCAACAGAACUGUCCUUCCUAGUAAGGAACCUGUGGAAUUUUCUGAGGAAAGAAUACUCAAAGCCAAAAGAUAUCAAAUGCAGAUACUAAUUGAACGUGUUACUGGGGAUGGCAGCAGAAGCAAUGGCAUGAAUGUCAGAGUAACAAUUAAAAAUGGAACACCAAAUGCUGGCUCUGUAAAUAAAAGGAAGCUGAUUGAGACCUGUGACUCUGAGGGGGAUAUGGAAACCUUUUGGGCACAGAAACGAGCGCAAAAGGUGUCCAGAUCCUAUUUGGAUUUGAAUCUGCCUGUAGAGGAGGAGGAGGUGGAGGAGAACAUCAAUUAUGGAGACUGUGACAGUGACUCCAUCUCCGAAAACUCGGAAGCUUGGUUGGAAGAGUUGUUUGAUCAAGUAGACGAAAAAGUGGUCUUUAAACCAUUUGAUUUUGAUGCACAUGCUGGAAAAAUAAUGAAAGAUAUUAGCCUCCAAUUUCAGAGGACAUUUGGAUCAGAGGUUAUGCUGGAGAUUGAUUACAAAGUUAUGGUGCAAAUACUUGCAGCUGCUUGGUUAUCAGAGAAGAAUAGAACAGUGGAGGAAUGGGUUGAACAGGUCCUCUGCAGGAGCUUUGCCGAAGCCCAGCAGAAGUACCACCCCUCUGCUCAGUCUGUUGUUAAACUAGUCACUUGUGAAGGCUCUUUUCUGGAAGACCACUCUUCAGGAGUGUGCCUUCCUGCUAGAAUUAAUUUAAAAUAAUUUUUUUGCUCUCUUCCUGUAAGUAUAUGUAUACUGUAGCUUUUAGCAUAUAGCUUUUGGCAUUUGAAAGUGGGCCUUGUUUGGCAAUCCAAGUAAAUUUUUUGUGCAACCAUUGUGUUGUAUUCUAUCAUGUAUGGCAGAAUGUAUAAUUUUCUACUUGUUCUACAAACAA